AUGAAACGUGUUGAUGAGCCCGGUUUUAGUGGUCCUAUAGAAAACGUGACAGCACCUCUGGGUCGGGAAGCAAUACUCGCGUGCACAGUUCAUAACCUCUCCACAUACAAGGUUGCGUGGCUAAGAGUGGACACGCAGACAAUCUUAACGAUACAUACCCAUGUGAUAUCAAGGAGUAGACGUGUUGGGGUCACUCACAGUGAUCAAAGGACCUGGUUCCUUCAUAUACGCGAGCUGAGAGAAACAGACAGAGGAUGGUAUAUGUGUCAAAUAAAUACAGAUCCCAUGAAAAGUCAGCUGGGAUACUUGGAUAUAGUCGUUCCACCGGAUAUUCUCGACCGCGGAACAAGCGCUGAUCAGACGGUACGAGAAGGGGCGUCGAUAAGUCUAACAUGUGCUGCCACUGGGUCACCACAUCCUCAGAUCACGUGGCGAAGGGAACAUUCCAAACCCAUCAUGGGGUCAGAUGGGUUACAAGUGACGUCAUUGGAAGGUCCUGUCUUAAAUAUAAGCCGAGUGACUCGCCAGCAUGCCGGGGCGUAUUUGUGCAUCGCUUCAAACGGUGUACCACCAACUGUUAGCAAGAGAAUAAUGCUUACCGUUGAAUUUCCACCAGUGAUCGUCAUAAGAAAUCAGCUAGUAGGAGCAGCUCUGGGUUCAGACCUCGUCAUCGAAUGUGAGACCGAAGCAUAUCCGAAACCUGUCAGUUACUGGAGUCGAGACAGCGGUGAAAUCGUUCCUGUUGGUGGAAGUUUAGAGCCUCAGAAGAUAUCCGGCUCGUAUCGGUCAGUACUCAGACUACCAAUACGAAGAGUUACCAGUGCAGAUUACGGAACUUACAAGUGUGUCUCUAAGAACUCGUUGGGCGAUACAGAGGGUUCAAUUAAGUUGUAUCCAAUGCAACCACCGGCCAUGGAUAAUCGAAAUGGUUUGUAA